AUGAAAUAUAUUUUAUUAUUCCUAUUUUUAUUUAAUAUUUUUUUAAUUGUAUCAUCAGAAUUUGAUGUAUUUAAAUUACAAUCAAAGGGCUGUGAAAAUACCACAUUAACUCUUCAAGAAUGUGGUAAAUUUUGUAAUGAAUAUUUAUUUAUCGAGAACGUAAAAUCAAUCAAAGUCUAUACUGAUGCUAUUUGCUAUCAAGACCCUCGUCCAUAUAUUCCAUUUAAUUGCAGUAAUGAAAUUAAUACUAUUGGUAGAUAUGGGGAAAUAAUUUGUUCAACAUUAAUUUCAAAAUAUUAUUCUUUCAAAUUUGUUGAGGGUCCUUGUGUCGAUGAUAAAUUAAUUUUUUUGGGUAUAUGUUCAUCAGUAUGUGGCAAAAAUAUUAUAAUCAAUUACGAUCCUUUUCAAAAUUACAUUAUUACAACCUACCUUUCGAAUGAUUGUACUGGAAUUGGAAGUACUGAAUUCUAUGGAUCAAUUGAUUGUAAAAAUCAAUUAUUAUCAAAAACUAAUAACGAUCAAUAUUUAUCCUGUUUAAAAUCAACUCCAAAUAUAGAAUCAAAUGGAUCAAUAUCUUCUAAAUUAAUUACAAUCCACAAAUUUAUAUUAUUAACAUUUUUAUUAAUAAAUUUAUUGUUUUAA